CUGACGUGGCUGCGCGGAUAUGACUCGAACAGCAUGGCCGGCUCUUCGUUUCGGAUCUCGCAGCUGGCAAUUCCGUUCGUCUCCAUCCUAAUCAGCUUUCUCGCAUACAGCUCGCAAUACUUCUUCCUGUACUUCGAGCCAGCUCCGCUGCGGAGCACCGAGCUCUGGCGCCUGAAUAUCGCUGCCUUGUGCAUCUGGAUAUGCUAUUAUCGAACCUGCACUGUAGAUCCCGGUCGCAUUCCCAAAGACUGGAAGCCGUUAGACAGUAAGCAACUGGAAUCCGACCGUGCUAGUGGUCGGUCCCGAUGGUGCCGGAAAUGCGAGGCAUCCAAGCCGCCAAGAGCCCACCACUGCCGGACUUGUCAAAGAUGUAUACCCAAGAUGGACCAUCACUGUCCAUGGACAAACAAUUGUGUCUCCCACUUUACCUUCCCUCACUUCAUCCGGUUCUUGUUCUACGCCGUAACGGGAAUGUCUUAUCUGGAGACUCUUCUGUAUGAGAGAGCAUCGAUCCUCUGGGCCUCCCGGCACCGUCCAAGUUACCUGGGUCCGAGUGCGCUGCAAAUGGCUCACCUGUUUGUUCUGCUCGUGGUUAACAGCUUCACGGUCUUCUUUCUGUUAAUCCUUCUCGGCCGGACCAUCUGGUCGCUGAGUAUCAAUACAACAACCAUCGAAGAUUGGGAGAUCGAAAGACAUCAAACUUUGGUCCGUCGAUCUCGACACUAUGGGGGAUACUUGACCGGACCGGGGGGUGUCAAAAUUCGAAUCAAGAAGCAAGAAUUCCCAUACGAUAUUGGAAUCUGGUCUAAUAUUAAGGCGGGAAUGGGCGGAAGUGCGAAUAUUCUCGGCUGGUUUUGGCCGUUGGCUAGAACACCUAACCGUCAGACGGGAUUGGAGUUUGAAGUGAAUGGGUUCGAAGAUCCCGACGUUACCUGGCCACCGCCCGACCCGGAUAGGAUCCCGGUUACUCGCGUAAAUGAGACCGAGUCCUUUGCAACGAACGCAUGGCUGAGUGACCGCAAUCCUGGCCUUUCGAAUGCUGAUCAGAAAAUCCGGCGUCGGAAGCGUUUCCACGACAGGGUCAAGGAAGGUGCCGAUCAAAGUGGCACUUCACGGGAGUCAUCAUCAAAUUAUGACACCGAGUCGGACGAUGGCGAGGAGGGCUGGCGGAACUCUGAAGGCGAACGGCUACGCGAUUUCGGAGUGGAAGAGGACGUCGAGUUCUACGACGAGGAGGACAUUCCGCUCGCCCUUCUGAUGCAGCAGAGAGCACGAAAACAGUGACUGUCAUCACACAGAUAACAAAAAGCAGGUUAUGAACACAGACACAUAACAAGAUUCAUACUCU